AUGGUUCUCCCGCCUGAAGCGAAAUCCAUCAGAAGCUUUCUCCAACUCGCCUCAGAAUUCCUCAAGCAGUACUCUAUGUUCAUAGACCGGGAAACAUUCGAUGUCGAUCCCUGGAGCAUGUCCCAGGGAGAGGACGAACCUCUCCGCGACUUCAUAAAACGAUUCAAGAUCGUCAUGGCCAGAGUCAGCAGAAUAAGCGACAAAGUCGCAGUAGACGCACUCCGUAAAACGCUCUGGUACAAGUCAAAAUUCAGGAAAUGGAUAACCUUGGACAAGCCGCGUACGAUUCAGGACGCGCUUCAUAAGGCCACGGAUUACAUAAUCAUCGAAGAGGAGACGGAAGUCUUGUCGCAAAGACAGAGGCUGACGAAAACAUCGUCAAAGGAUCAUGGGCCGGAUCAGAAGCCUAAAAGGAGAAACCGUCGUAACGACAAAAAAGUCCAUCACGGGGAGGAAGAGACCCAGGAAGCGCAUAACUAUGCCAUCGGCUCUGGACCGGAGCAAGGCCGAACGAUGGGUAAUACAUGGACCCGAAAUCCGAAUUAUGACGAAAAUGUCUUCUGUGACUUUCACCAGGCCCGCGGCCACUCGACUGUAAACUACAAGGUUCUCGGUGCCAGGUUGGCCGUAAAGCUGCUCGCGGGAGAACUCGCCGAAGUAUCUAGCGUAAAAGACCUCGUCCGCGAUUCGGACCGUCCUCCGAGAAACGAUAAAGCCCCUCAAACCGAGAAUUCACUUCGAGAAAACCAAUCGGGAGAAAAGCACGGGAGAAGGCGGGACGAGAAGGGCAACAACAAUAGUCACCGCAGAGUCAAAAAAAUCAUCGGAGGAUCGCAGUACUGCAGCGAUACCAUCUUUGCCAUCAAAGCUUCUGAGCGCAAGGCUGAGACAAGCGCAAAUUUGCUAACCUGGUCCGCGUCUAGCGACUUCCUGAAAGGAGCGAUCACCUUCGAUGAAGAAGAGGCCUGCCGGAUCGAUCAGCCCCACUGUGACCCGCUCGUGAUCGAUCUCGUGAUAAGAGAUCUCAAGGUCGCGAGAAUUCUCAUCGACACGGGCAGCAACGGUCAAUGUCAUCUUCCGCGACACUCUUAA